UUUGGUGUCGUACAACAUUAGUUUGGCCCAGCUCACACCCAAAUCUAUGAGGCACAUAAUCGGAUUUAGAUGGGUGUGUGACUUCGUCAAUUUCCCUUGCUCUGUCGCUAUUUUUCGGGAUCUUCACGAUCUGGUUCUCAACCAUGCUUCCAAGGGUGAUGGGUAUGGUUGGUGGACCAUUGUCAACAAGAAGUCCCGAAAGAGGGGGGAUCCGAACUACAUCACGGCGUACCCCUACCUUAGCUCUGACCACAAUUGGAAGACGGAGUGGUUGCUCGUCCGUGUGCCGACGGAUCCGAAGCAUCCCAACUUUUAUCGUCCUCCGAAGUGGUUCGUGGCUCCUGAUCCUGAUAUGAGGGGUGUGGCGGCUCCAGAUCGGAACCAUCGCCACUAUGUGGACCUCCUCCAGUGGUUCUUGGCUCAAGAGGAUAACCACCGACUGCCGUCUAGCUGGCUCCCGAAUCUCAAUUACAUUCUGAGGGAGGACAUUCUUGCUGUUGCCGGUCUCAGCAGGAUUUUUGACAGGGAGUACGGCUUUAGCUGCAUUGAUCCUAAGAAGUUGGGCAUUUCUUUGGAUUUGAAGACUAUUCACGACCCGGCUCCCGAGUACAAGUUCGGAAAAGAUAACCCUCGUAAUCCUCGUCUGAAGGAUUACGUGUUGUCUCCUUUGGGGGUUGCUCGGAUAUCCGAAGUUCGAGCUGAUCCGUGGGAUUCCGCCUCUUCUGUUGAAGCUGUUCCUGUGAAGGUUGUGCUUCCUGAGUUGAAGACGACUUCGGAUCCGGUGAGUGUUCAUUUAUAGGCUCGAUUUUCUGUUUAUCUUUUUCUUUUCGGUUGGCCGUCGGCUAACGUCUUGGUCCUGGACCAUCUUUUUAGGGUCCUGGGACUGACGCUGUGCCGCGUGCCGUUCCUUCGGUUUCAUCUCCGGCUCGGAUAGAUAUCUCUUUAUCUAGGAACCGGGUAUUUCCCGCUUUUUUCUCUAUUUCUUCCUUUUUCUUCUUUUACAUUCGUUGACCCUUGGUCUCCCCUUUUUAGGAUCAACGCAAA